AAGUAAAGACUGAUGUUCAAUUAAGUUUUAAGUUUAAAGAAUCACGCCAGAAUUGGCACCAGCGUCCUUCAAAUAUUUUCUAACCUUAUGCCAAAAAUAAAUACAAAUAAUAAAAAUGACGGAUAAACAGAAAACACUCAUAUGUGGAGAUGUAAAUGGGAAUUUUAACAUGCUCUUUUCACGCGUCGAGUCAAUCGUGAGAAAAUCGGGCCUAUUUGACGUUUUACUAUGUGUUGGAAAUUUUUUUGGGAAUGAUAAUUCUGAACUUGAUGCAUAUAAAAUGGGUACAAGGAAAGUUCCUGUCACAACCUACAUAUUUGGACCUUCUAACAGUGAUCAUAUACAAUAUUAUUGUGAUGAGGGAUCAGAGAUAGCUCCUAAUAUAAUUUAUAUGGGGAAGAGGGGAAUAUUCACUACAAGUAUGGAUGUAAAAAUUGCAUACUUGUCGGGGCUGUCACGUAGAGAGCUCGGCAAGGAUGUGCCAAUGUGUACUUUUGAGCCGAGCGACUGCAGUGCAGUUAGGGAUGCCUGCUUUAGAGGUCAGGCUGAAUUCAGAGGCGUCGAUGUGCUCAUAACAACAUUAUGGCCAGCUGGCAUACAACAAGAUGAAACACAAAAGGUUCAAUUGCAGCCUGAAUGCCUUUCAGAUUUAUUAUCUUGGCUCUCCAUCCACAUAAAGCCUCGGUACCACUUUGUUCCAUCUUCAGACAAAUACUAUGAAAGGCAACCAUAUAGAAACCAAAGUGUGCACCAAGAUUACAGAGAAUGCGCAACAAGGUUUAUAGCUUUAGCCCCAGUUGGUAAUAAAGCAAAGGAAAAAUGGAUUUACGCCUGUACAUUGCAACCUAUAUCUAAAAUGAGAAUGACAGAUCUUCUACAAGCAACAACUGAUGAAACACCUUGCCCCUAUGAUCCAGAAUUGUUAAAACAACAUCAACCAGGAAAAGUUGUAAAGUUUUCAGGGAAUGGCCAAUACUUUUUCAAUAUGGAUGCAACAGAUGAUGAUCAAGGGAAAAGGAAAAGAAAAAGCGGAGAUAACCCUGAGAAAAAAAGAAAAGAAAUGGACCCAGAUAGCUGUUGGUUUUGCUUAUCAUCGCCUAAUGUUGAGAAGCACUUGGUGAUAUGUGUUGGUACACACUGUUAUUUGGCGCUGGCAAAAGGUCCAUUGACUCCAUACCAUACACUUAUAUUGCCUAUUGCACACCAUCAGUCUAUUACAAGGGCUCCAGAUGAAGUUGUGAAAGAAAUAAAGGAUUUCAAAAACGCCCUAAAGAACUUCGUUUCCACAAUGAAGAUGGAGGUGGUGUUUUUUGAACGCAACUACCGUACUGCCCACAUGCAAAUACAGGCAGUUCCGGUCCCAAGGGAGUGCUCUUCGCAAAUUCUAGAAAUUUUUCAGGAUGAAGCCGGCAUCAACAGCAUUCAGAUGGAAGUAUUGCCCCCGUACUCGGAAAUAAACCAGAUGACGUUGCCAGGAGCGCCGUACUUCCACGCAGAGCUGCCCAGCGGCGAACAAUUGUACGCUAAGACAAAACAACAUUUCCCUUUGCAAUUUGGAAGAGAUGUUUUAUCGACUCCGCCGAUAUUGAACUGUGAAGAUAAAGCCGAUUGGCGGCAGUGUCAACUCAGCAAAGAGGAGGAAAUAUCACACGUGCAAAAUUUUAGGGAAAAGUUCCGACCAUUCGACUUUACCGCCGAAGCCGAUAGCGACAGUGACAGCGACUGAAAGAUGAUCUGCUGCUUUGAUCAGGUCAGAAUUUGAAAGAAAUAUAUUUCUUCAGAUCGCGUUACACAAAACGAAAUAACAUCAGUUAUUAUAGAGAGAGUGAGUAAGGAAAAGUCCUCUAAUAAAAUAAAUAAUAAGAAUCAAAGAAAAAGAUCGCGAUUACUUCGUACAGGUACUUACUAGGG